UUCAAAACAUAGCGUGCUAUAUUUUCUGCAUGUCGAUCGUCCUCGGGUGGAAUAGGCAGACAGGCAUGGAGGGAUUUCUAUCUCUAUGUGUCUACAUCUGUCUCCUGGCGCUCAUUGGCUGCCUGGUAGACCGCGUGCUGGCGGUAUCAGAGAAAUACAACCUGUUCGAGAAAGGGCAAUGACAGAGGACGAGCGAGAUCCAUACCGGCCAGAUCUGACGAUAUGGGACCCUGCUCAUUGCCAGGAGUGGUUCAGUGGAUGGCGAGUGGUAUGCGAGUACAACAGACGGUGUCGGCCAAGGACACCCAGCUACUGUUCCGGGAGCCAGGGGUGCUAACAGGAUUCCGACCACAAGACAAAUCAUGGACUCACUAUCUAUGCAGUAUCUGUCAAGUCCACAACGAAUCGGUCAACAUUUGGUCACACCUGCUCGGGUUCUGUAUGAUUCUUUACACGAUGUACCGAUAUCUAGCCGUUGACUCAAGUUCUCACAAUUCACACUGGUUUGUUAUAUUCGCCUUCGGGCUCUGCUGCCUAAUAUAUACUGCCACCAGCUCCUUCGCUCACAUAUUCCAUUCGAAAUCGGCCCUAAUGCACUACACGUGUUUCCAGAUCGACUACUUGGGUAUUGGAUACUUCUCCCUCGGUUUUGCUAUCGUCACGUUUCAUUGCAGUUUUCACUGCCAUUACUUCUUAUUGUCAGAGUACUACUUUCUUCCGGUCAACGUCAUGUUAAGCUGGGUCGGCUUCCUGUGUUCAAGCGUUGCCAAACUGCGGUACCAUCGUCCAUAUCCGUUUCAACGUAAAAUGUGGAACCUGUGUUCCUUCGGCUCCCAAGGACUGGUCGUGUUUAGUUUGGUGAUGUUUCGGUACAAGGACUGCUGGCUGGAUGAUGCCUGCUCUUUGUCUACAUUAAACCACCACACAAGUGUCUUCAUAGUAGCCCUCGUCUCAGUUUUCUUCUUCUCUAGUCAUUUUCCAGAACGACUCUUUCCGGGAAAGUUUGAUAUUGUCGGUCAAGGUCAUCAGAUAUUCCAUGUUUUGUGCGUAGCGGGAACGUUGCUUGAGUUCAAGGCUGCAUACAUUGACAUCCAGACAUAUAGCGACAAAAUAAGGGCGGAAAAGGUUCAGCCAGACACAUCCGCCAUGUUCACAGCGAUGAUAACCUAUGGGAUUCUGUCUCUAACAACGGUAGUUCUCCUCAAUCCGUACACAAAGCGCAAAAUUCAUCAAGACCUGCAAAGCCAUGAUAAAUGCCAGUAAAAAUCCAAUGUGUUUGUGAUAAGAUGUACUGUAUAUUGUUGAAGUCAUUGAAUGUUUGUAAUUUUAGACACUGUGAGUCAUUGUAAUUAGUAAGUAAUUAGUGAUUGUGUAAUUGUAAAUAUUAGUUGUUGUAAUUACAUAUAUACUGUGUUUCAUUGUAAACUUCUAAUAUUUCUAAUUACACGUGUAUGUGUAUAUGUUUACAUACUAGAUGUUUGUUAAUGCCCAUAUAACGUAUGUCUACAAUUCUAUUCGAAUGCGAUACAAAGACAUGUACGUGUUUGUAUAUGUGUUGAUAUAUAUAAAGGCUAAACCGUGUUUGUAUGUGUUAAUAUAUACAAUAUAUAUCAUUGAGUCAUCAGCAAAACUCAAACAAAUAUUGCCAGAGCCACCGUUAUUGGCCUAUCGUAGACCAAAAACGUUAGAGAUCUGGUGGUGAACAGCAAAUUACCUUCUGCCUCUGUCCUAGAAACUGGCGCUUUUAGGCCUAAAUACAUGCAGCAAAAAAAAAACAAAAAAAACAAAAACGUGCAACUUUGUCCAUACGGAGUCUACAUAUACGUUUACAUGGAAAUUAACAACAAACUUUCUCACAUUUUACAAACACGGACAUGUACAUAAGCAAAUGUAUAUCUCCUUUCCUGCAAAAAAUGCAGAAUGCAGUAUGUUGAAGAAACCAGCACAAAGCUGAACAUCAGAAUCAACAACCACCGUUGCUCCAUCAAGCAAAACAAACCUGACUUCCCUGUGGCAAGGCAUUUCAAUUAACCUAGUCAUAGUUGGAAGGCCAUGCAGGUGGUUGCUAUUGAUCAUUACCCUACCUGGGAUUAUACUCGAUUGCCAACUUACAAACCCGCUACCCUCGAGGUUUGAACGCACGUUAAAGGCUUUGUUCGCUACUUGACCCCAUGCUGGUAUCUGACAAUUCAUCUAAUUAAUUAUUCAAUUUGUAAAUAUUUUCUUAAUUCCUGAACUAUUGUUUUUUGGAUAUCCUACAUUACAUUGCGGCUAUUCGAUACUCAAUUUGGCCGCCUCCCGUCCUCGACAAUACACUGCAUGCAACGAUACCUAAUUUGGUCGCCUCUCGUCAUCGACAAUCCGAUACUCAAAUUCAGUCGCCUCCCGCCGUCGACUUUUUCUCGACAGUCCCCAACAGUCUGUAGUGUAUCCGAUAGUGACAUUUCGGCACUCAUACAAUUUUUUUUGCACAGUCCCAAUUUUUUUCAGAUAACUUUUCUGUCAGGGACGUUGGAUAAUUUGACUGUAUACAUCAUAUUUUGAGAGUUCUUCAGACUUCAUACACCAUAUAUUUAUCCAUCAUCAUUUCAUGGACGAUAAUGCAUCAAGUAUCUAUGCAAUAUCGUCCACUUGUUCCUUUACUCUAUCCAUAUAAAAUCAUUUGGGACGAAACGUCCAUUAACACUUCGACAUUUGCACGCGCGGGAUAUUUUCAAAUGUCUUGGCCGUUGGUCACAUACAUAGCGUUCCUUCAUAGAACAUGGCUUUGUACAUGUCACGCUAGCCACCGCCUUCGGCCCACGCCAGCUAAAGGGUUCAUGGUUGUUAUUUCAACUACUCUACCAAAAACUAUCUAGUCUUACUUAGUACAGUAUGUGAUUGAAGGGGCGGAUUGCCUCGAAAAUUUGACAUUGUUCAUGUCCAAACUGUUAGAAUUACUUAUAUGCCCCAUAUUAACAUUUCAUAGUUGGAAGGACAUGCAGGUGGUUGCUAUUGACCAUUACCCUACCUGGGAUGAAACGAAGCGUCGGUCGAGGGAAAGAUAUUGGAUUAGAUCUAGUCUAGAUCUACCAACUUACAGUUCAAUUCAAUUUUUAUUAACUUUAGGCCUUACAGCCCAUCAUUAUAAAUACAUGUAUAACAAAAAAAAAAAAAAAACAAUGAA